UACUCGGAGCGGCGGCGGCAGACGACGCUCCUCCGUCCCAUCACCGGUUCACAGCCAGCGGGCUGCAGCGCACCGCUCCACCGGCACCAUGACGCGCACAAGACCCGCAGUCUGACGACCGAGCGCCGCGGCCGGAGACACGCGCACGCACAACCGCGAACACACGCAAGCGCGCACGCAGGUGGAGCAGGAGGAGGAGGAGGAGAAGGAGGAGGAAGAGGAGGAGGAGGAGGAGGAAGAGGAUCAGCAGGAGGAGCGGGAGGAGCAGGAGGAGCGGGGGGCGGAUCAUUGCAGCAGCAGUCGGAUCCACGGGCACGUCGCCGCCGACCGAGGUGAACUCCAGCGCGCCGCGGGACCGCGCCUCGUCCCGCUCGGACAGAAGAGGACCGAGUGGAACAUGUCGUCGUCGGGGAAGGACGCGAACAGCGGCCACUACGCCAACUACGUGGGACCGUACCGCCUGGAGAAGACGCUGGGCAAAGGACAGACAGGUCUGGUGAAGCUCGGCAUCCACUGCGUCACGUGUCAGAAAGUCGCCGUGAAGAUCGUGAACAGAGAAAAGCUCAGCGAGUCUGUUCUCAUGAAGGUGGAGCGAGAGAUCGCCAUCCUCAAACUCAUCGAACAUCCCCACGUCCUCAAGCUGCACGACGUCUACGAAAACAAGAAAUAUCUGUACCUGGUGCUGGAGCACGUGUCCGGCGGCGAGCUGUUCGACUACCUGGUGAAGAAAGGUCGUCUGACGCCCAAAGAGGCCAGAAAGUUCUUCAGACAGAUCAUCUCCGCCCUGGACUUCUGCCACAGCCACUCCAUCUGCCACAGAGAUCUGAAGCCGGAGAACUUGUUGCUGGACGAGAAGAACAACAUCAGGAUAGCGGACUUCGGCAUGGCGUCGCUGCAGGUCGGGGAGAGUCUGCUGGAGACCAGCUGUGGAUCUCCACACUACGCCUGCCCAGAGGUGAUCAGGGGGGAGAAGUACGACGGCAGGAAGGCCGACGCCUGGAGCUGCGGCGUCAUCCUGUUUGCACUGUUGGUGGGUGCUCUUCCGUUUGACGACGACAACCUGAGGAAUCUGCUGGAGAAGGUGAAGCUGGGAGUUUUCCACAUGCCUCACUUCAUCCCUCCGGACUGUCAGAACCUUCUGCGUGGCAUGAUCGAAGUGGAUGCCGGCAAGAGGAUGACGUUGGAGCAGAUCCAGAAGCACACGUGGUACCUAGCUGGAAAGAACGAGCCGGAGCCCGAGCAGCCCGUCCCCAGGAAGGUGGCCAUCAGGACGCUGGCUGCGGCCGAGGAGAUCGACCCCGACGUCCUGGAGAGCAUGCACUCGCUGGGCUGCUUCAGGGACAAGGACAAACUGACCAAAGACCUGCUGUCCGAGGAUGACAACCAGGAGAAGAUGAUCUACUUCCUCCUGCUGGACCGCAAGGAGCGAUACCCCAGCCAGGAGGACCAGAACCUGCCGCCGCGCAACGAGAUCCCGGACCCUCCCAGGAAGCGCGUGGACUCGCCGAUGCUGAGCCGCCACGGCAAGCGGAGGCCGGAGAGGAAGUCCAUGGAGGUCCUGAGCGUCACGGAGGGGGGGUCGCCCGUCCCGGUGCGACGAGCCAUCGACAUGGCAACGCACGGACAGAGCAAAUCAGUUUUCAGUAAAAGCUUGGAUAUCACAAACGCUAACUGCAGCAAGGAGGAAAGAUCGCGAUCGAUCAGCGGAGCGUCCUCCGGCCUGUCCACCAGUCCUCUCAGCAGUCCCAGGCCCACUCGCCGGUUCUUCAUCCCGCCCCAGUCCCCGGACCUGUGUCAGUCCCCCAACUGCAGCCCCACCCACUCCCCCGAGGUCCGCCUCAACGGGGUGGGGCCCCGGACGCCCCACUCCUACCAUCCAAAGAUGGGGUCCCCACUCAUGCACCCACGCACUCAGACCCUCCCCGCCAAGCCCAGAAUGUCUGAGAAGCCCCUGCAGACCACCAGGUCCAACCCCCUCCCCAACUCCGCCCAGAUCCCCUCCACCCCCAAAUCUGAGCCCUCCACGCCCUGUCAGCCUCUGGGCCCCUGCGUCCCCAGCAGCCCCCGGGUCAGACGCCACCCUCCCCUCACCGUGCCCCCCAAACUCUCCAUCCCGCUCUCCCCCGCGCCCCCCAUGUCGCCCCUCCGCCGCCACCACCUCCACCCUGACCACAACGGCAAAUGUGUCCCCAUCAUCACGCAGGUGACCCCUCACCCCUCCCCCAGAGGGAGCCCCCUCCCCACCCCUAAGGGAACCCCGGUGCACACGCCCAAGGACAGCCCGGCCGGCACGCCCAGCCCCACGCCGCCGCCCAGCCCCUCCAUCGGCGGCCUGCCCUGGAGGACGCGCCUCAACUCCAUCAAGAACAGCUUCCUGGGAUCGCCGCGCUUCCACCGCCGGAAAAUGCAAGUGCCCACCCAGGAGGACAUGUCCAGUCUGACACCGGACUCUUCUCCAGAACUGGCAAAGAAGUCGUGGUUCGGUAACUUCAUCAACCUGGAGAAGGAGGAGCAGAUCUUCAUCGUGAUCAGAGACAAACCUCUCAGCUCCAUAAAGGCCGACAUUGUUCACGCCUUCCUCUCCAUUCCCAGUCUGAGCCACAGCGUCAUCUCUCAGACCAGUUUCCGGGCGGAGUACAAGUCCAGCGCCGGUCCGACGGUUUUCCAGAAGCCCGUGAAGUUCCAGGUGGACAUCACCUACACCGAGAGCUCCGGGGCCACCAAGGACAUCGGGAUCUACUCCGUCACCUUCACGCUGCUCUCAGGUCCCAGUCGACGUUUCAAGCGUGUGGUCGAGACCAUCCAGGCUCAGCUGCUCAGCUCCGGAGACCAGCCCGGCGUGCAGCCGCAGAUCUCUGGCAGCCCGUUGAGUAACUUCUUUGACGUAAUUAAACAGCUCUUUUCAGACGAGAAGAGCGCCCAAGCGUCCCACUCCCCCGCCGGCGCCCCCGCCACGCCUAGCUCCCCCGCCAAGCAUGCCCCCGGCGGCGGCGGCAAGCCCGGCCAGCCCGGCCCGCCCCCGCCCGCCGCCGACUCUAAAUGCCCCAAUGCCGGCAAAGACAAAACAAAGAUGGCCGCCGGCAACAGGACACAGGAACAGCCUUAAAACGGAGGCGGUCGCCGUGCAUGAGGCGUAGACGACGAGCGGUCGUCGGGUCGUAGAGCGACAGAGGAGAAGCUGCUAACGAACAAACACAAACACUCAUCUACUUUCUGCCUAUAUAUUUUUUUGUAUAACGGGAAUGUCUCUGUCAGUUUAACGGUAUUUUACGAUAAGUAGCAGAUGUAGCUCCGCCCCCGUGUGUGUCCUCCUCACGUUGUGUGACGGCUUCACUUGUCUCUGCCACCAGGGGUCAUCCACAAUAACUAUUAGACCUCCUCGGGGACCGGCCCGCCACCGAGGCCCCCCCCCCCACGCCGCCGCCAGAGUCCGACCCUGAGGACAGAAGACGUCCCCCGUCCCCCCGCCCUCUCUCCCCCCGUCACCAGGAAGAGACCAAACAGAGACGUCUCGGAAAAAGAAAAAAAGCCUUAAGACAGUGAUGUUUGUCAAACUACGCCCCCCCCCCCCCCCUUUUCUUCUUCUCUUCCUCCCACAUGUACAUAACCUCACCUCUGAGCUCCGCCUCCUCUCGGGAUGUAACGACUUGCACACGCUGACAGAUCAGCAUCAGGAGGCGCCGGACGGACGGACGGACGCUGGAUUGUAAUUCCCCCGAUCUCGCUCCGACGUCCCCGUGAGGGUUUUUCUUACAGUUGAAAGUUUUUCCCUGUGAAAGUGUGACGAGGAGCGACGCCACAAAAAUGAAUGAUGGAUUCUGUUGUACAGACUAAAUAAUGUUCCGUAUGUACGAAGAAACAACCCAAGCGUAGUUGUGACAUGUUUCUUGACGUGUGUCCCGUGUUCGUGUCCCCUGGUCGGGGCCCGGUCACGCAGCUCUGAGAACAGGACGAGUGCUCGUGAACUUUGCCGACGUGCGACUCGCGGCGUCUCCGAUCGGUCGAGAGCUAGUUAGCUGCGAGCUAACGUUUGUCAGGAAAGUUACUGGCGGUUUUAUUUCACCUCCUCUGAGUUUGUCUUUUGAACCGAUCACUUGUUAGAUCCUGGUUCACUCACAACUGAUCAAAAGUUGAGUACGAAACGAUGGAGCCACUCCGCCGCUGACGGGCGCCAUCCUGGCUGCGUGGCAGACGUGGCGGAUUUUCUCAUUUUCAGACUCCAGACACGUCAUUUCAUUUGAGCGACACGCGAGAAAGGUUUUAUUUCCAAAGCAGCGUGUCGAUGUUUUCGUGACAAUCUCGUAUGUUUCGUGUUGCCGUCGUCUUCGUGAAUUCACGACGGCCAUGUUUGAUUUGAUUCAAUACUCACAUGAUUAUUAACUGGACACGGGGAACGGGUGAAAGAGACAGAGGUCAAACCUUUGUUUUGGCUCCAGCUUCUUCAAUGUGACGUCACGCGGCUUCUGAGAAAUGUGAACAUGACUGCGUCCGCAUAGAUGUGAGAUGAAGCGAUUCAUGGAGAAAAGAACUUGCUGAUUAAAAAGAAUUGGUACGUCCAAUACUUGCGGUUAGUAACCGAGCGAGGAGUCGCCACGUCGCCGAACCUCCACAAACACGCGUUGGGCAGACGGAGCGGCCGCGGUGCGUCCUGACACGUCCUGACGCGACCUGACGCGACCUGACGCGACCUGACGCGUCCUGACGCGUCCUGACGCGACCUGACGCGACCUGACGCGCC